CUUUAGUCGUUUGUGUUAGGCCACAGACUAUUGAGUGCAUGAGCGUUAUAAAGCUGUGUUUAGUAAUUGGCUGGCCAGUAGCGAUUACGACUCAGCAGCGAUCGGUUGUUGACGGUUGCUCACUUUCUACACGUGACGUCAAUCGACAAUCGCCGUCGCGAGUUUUUGUGAAGUGAUAUUUCGAUUUACAAUUUUUGUUUUUAAUUUCUAAUGUACCUUGUGGCUUUUGUUUUGAUUGUUAUUUUCGUCAUCGCCAUAAUUUGUAUAUAAGGUGUAAACAAGCAACCAUGUUGAUACAAGUAACGACCUGUUGAUAAGCACCGGAAUACAACUUGGCGAUUAAUAAAAACCUGUACAUGUUAAUUAAGAGGGGGCUAGACAAGUUUUGAUGUAUCAAGCAAAUAUUAAAGCGUUAAAAUUGUGAAAGGAAAGAUUACCAGAAUGGCAUCCUGUUUGUCCGGUGGCCAUUAUGUUCCUGGGAGCAAGGAGUAUGUACCCGUCGCUGAGUUUUAUGCAGACAAGUCGGUUUUUGUUACUGGCGGCACCGGGUUCAUGGGGAAGGUAUUGGUCGAGAAAUUGUUAAGAAGUUGUCCAAAAAUUAAGAAGAUCUACCUUCUGAUGCGGCCGAAGAGAGGCCAGGAUGUCGCGUCUCGUCUCACCGAGCUAACACAGUCACCGUUGUUCGAGACCCUACGGAGAGAGCGGCCCCAAGAGUUGAACAAGAUAGUCCCUAUAGUCGGCGACAUUACCGAGCCGGAAUUAGGCAUCAGUGCUGCAGACCAAACCAUGCUUUGUCAGAAGGACGCCAAACGACCUGAUAGAUUACCCGAUGGUAAGCAAUCAGCACCACCCUCGGACACCACACUACGGGCGUCGGGGAUCGAGGGACGAUCUCCGGCCACCGUAUCCGUGGUGUUCCACUCGGCUGCGACUGUAAAGUUCGAUGAGAAACUAAAGUUGUCCGUCACCAUCAAUAUGCUGGGCACGCAACAGCUGGUCCAGCUUUGUCAUCGCAUGCUUAACCUUGAGGCCCUGGUCCACGUAUCGACGGCAUACUGCAAUUGUGAACGCGAACGAGUUGAGGAGACGGUCUACGCGCCGCCAGCCCACCCCGAGCACGUGGUCACGCUGGUACAGACUCUGCCUGACGACCUCGUCGAUAGAAUCACACCGGAUUUAGUUGGUGAUCGGCCUAACACAUACACAUUCACAAAGGCUUUAGCAGAAGACAUGCUUAUAAAGGAAAGUGGGAACCUGCCAGUGUCCAUCGUACGACCUUCUAUCGUGCUCUCAUCUCUCCGAGAGCCGGUAAAAGGUUGGGUAGACAAUUGGAACGGACCCAACGGUAUCAUAGCGGCUGUGGGCAAGGGGAUAUUCCGUACGAUGCUUGGCACAGGCACGAAGGUCGCUGACCUGGUGCCUGUCGACACCGUCAUCAAUCUAAUGAUUGUUUGCGCGUGGAGGACGCAUUUGAGACGAGGUGAGGGAGUAGUGGUGUACAACUGUUGUACUGGCCAGCAAAACCCUAUCACGUGGCAGCGUUUCGUCAAAACCAGCUUCAAAUAUAUGCGGAAACAUCCGUUUAACGAGGUGCUAUGGUACCCCGGAGGAGAUAUCACCAGUAAUAGGCUGAAGCACGGAACACUGUCGCUGCUGCAGCAUCGCGCGCCCGCCGCCAUCAUGGACCUCGUCUCCACAGCUACCGGCAAGAAACCUAUGAUGGUUCGUGUGCAGAACAAAUUGGAAAAGGCGGCGGCGUGCCUCGAGUACUUUACUACGCGCCAGUGGGCCUUCGCCGACGACAACGUGCAGGCACUAUGCGCGUCACUCUCGCCUGACGACCGCAGGACUUUUGAUUUUAACGUGCGCAACAUCGACUGGGACGCGUAUAUUGAGUCGUACGUGCUGGGCAUUCGGAGGUUCCUCUUCAAAGAGAGCCCCGACACGCUGCCCAAGUCCAGAGCUGUAUUGCGAAGAUUACACAUAGUCCACAUCCUAACCCAAGUGGCAACCGUGUUCUUCCUAUGGAGAUUCCUGUUUUCACGCUCGAACGCGCUCCGCUCCAUCUGGCGGCGUGUCCUAGAACUGUUAACGAGGGCAGCUCGACUCUUAGCUAUAGCUUGAUGUUACCGAACGAAGUUCCACUCGUUAACGCCCCUUCGUUCCAAGCUUCCAAUCACGCCACGAUAAAAAAAAAACAAAUUUUGACAUUUGACAUUUGUUACAAGAUGGCGACUCCCGCCAAUUCAACAUUGACACCAAUAGAAUUGUUAAGUACACAGGCAAAUAAUUUAGGUAAUAUAUUUUUCUCUCUAAAAGUAAGCUUCUACGGGGCUGUUAUAUUUGCUUCGGGAUCUACACUGUGUUGUGGUGUUUCAUUGAACAUAGCUGGGUACUGAGACUUCUAGCUUCUUCCACGUUGUUUCAUGUACAAAAGUUAAGAUUAAAUAGGUCUAAUGUUGUAAAAAUAGUGACAACCUGUCUUCUAUGUAAAAUCUUGUUGAAAUCUGUUCCUAAAGGCACAUUGGCUGGUAUCCGAUGCUUUCCAAGGCACAGUGUAUAUCUGAAUACUUCCCAAGCGCUAGGCUACUAGCUAUUGAUCGGAUAAGUAAUAGUGAUUCCAAUAAUUUUGUACUUCAACAGCUCAAUAUCUAAACGAUUCAAAUCUGUUAUUGCCUAGUUUUAAUAACAAUAGCGAAUUGUACUCAUGUUGUUGGUGAGAUUAUAUUUUUAAAGUCAGUUAUUGUGCCAAUAAUAAUUUGUCUUUUGGUUGAAUUUAUGCUUCCAUGAAAAUAUCAUUGGGCCAUUGAUCGGCUUUUAGAUUCGUGGGUCGUAUUCUAAUGUUGUUUCUAUGUAACUGUUGACAACAAUGAAACUAUAAUAUUCAAUGAAUCAAGUAGAGUGGGCAAUGCGAUAAGGAUUGAAGAAGAUAAAGAGGAUUUGGCGUCGCACGUAACUGACAGACGAUAGGCGGUAUUUGUAAAUUGUAAGGCUGUUGACGUCUAUAAAGCCAAAGCUGUACAUUAUGUUUUUGAAUAAAACUGUUUUUUUUUCGUUCCAUAGGCUCGUAUUGACUAAGCAACAUUUGACGCGUAACAUGAAAGUUGCGUAACAAAUAUUAAGUAGAGAGCAACGAACAAGAGCCGUUCAAAUCAAUAAAUGUUCCUCUAGCAACAAAAAAAAUAUUGCCCAUUGUUGCUAAAUAAAAGUGGCACGCUG